AUGAGUGGAUUAACAAAUGAUUCACUCAAAAAAGCUGCUUCAGAAUGGAGAAAAGACAACAAAAAAGUCUCAGAGAUUCAUAAAGGCUUAUUUAACAAAGAAGCUACUCAGUACCGUCUUUUCCCUAUUUCUGCAGAAUCAAAGAAUUCUUUGCGUGGUUUCGCUUCUAAAUUGGCAGAAUAUAUUAAAGAGGCAAAAAAGAAUUUUAAAAUUCAAAAAAAUUUUUUUCAGAAAACUCCAAAGUUGGACGAAAUAUCCAACACCCUCCUUUCCCGUCGUGAAAAUCAUCAACGCUUUAGAGCUUUUGUUUUGGCCAGAAAUUUAGAAGAAUUAACUAAAGGAUUAAUUAGGAUUGCUAAUAAUGAAGAUAUUGAAGAGAAUUGUGGUAAUAAUGAUGAAAACUUGGCUGUGUUUUUUAGCCCACAAGGAGGCGAGUUUAAUUAA